AUGCCAAGACACCAUUCCCUUCUCAUUCCUGCUCAAAUCCCCCACCAACUGAUGGUUCCCAUAGAAAGCAAUGGCCAUGAUUCUGAUGAUGAAGCUGAUGAAGACACUUAUUUGCCCACCCUAUCCAAUUCAAAGAAAUUGGCAACAUCCCUGAAUACAAACCCUGAUCUGCACUCAGGGAACAAGUACACAACUAAACUACAGGAUCACUCAGAAUGUGUAGAUGAAGACGGAUUGGAGAGCAUUCCUUUCACUGACCACCCAACUGAGGAGGGGUCAACAAGCAGAAAAAAAUGGUGGAAAGCUGAAAUCUGCCCUGAAGCACACACACCAGGCAAGUUCAGUCAUGUUGAAUCAGCUGUUAUGGCUAACAAGUUUGUGCUGUAUAUUAGCAGGCUCUGUCAGAGUUGA